CUUUUGUUAUUGUUAUGGUUUAGUUAUUAAAUGAAUUAUUACGAUGGAAACAGAUACAAAUAUUGCGGAUAUGACAGAUGUUUCGUUUGCGGACUUCGAAACGAAAACCAGCGAUGAAAAUGCUAAUUACAAUAGCUAUGGCCAAUGCCAGUCUAAGCAUGAUAUGUCUAUGACACUCGACUUGUCGCUGGGCCAAAAGCCUGAGCAGCUCUUCGCAACUGAUCAAACGCCAACACCAACACGUUUGAUCAAAAACUGUGAGGAGGUGGGCUUGUUUGAUGAUCUGCAGCAUGUGAACCCAUUCGACAUAGGAUUUCAGCGGGCCGCCGAGCAAAAUGCGGUGGCAGGGAACGCGCCGGAGACACCAAAACGUUCUGAAGCACCAGCAACGGAUGGCGAUUCGCUGCACACGCCGCAGGUUUAUCCUCUGGAAACACCAGCAAUUAGUGCAGCAAAUCAAACAGUUAGCCAGAAUAGCAGUCCACUGGACGUGCCAGUUACCCAUGUGGAGGACCUACUGGCAACGCCUGCAAUAGUACCUGAACCACCUGCAGUUCAAGGUCCGCCACCAUUGCAACUAAUACAACCACCUGUGAUCACGUGGGUGCUGCCAGCGCAAACGCUACCCAUUACUACGAUACCUGCCACCAUAAGUAAACCCGUGCCUUCUAAGCAAACUGGGCGACCCUUUAUCUUGCCCAAGCCCAGCGUAGCUGGCCAAAACAAAGCCCCAACUGGGCCUACAACACAGAAUACAGUGCCAGUCAAUGAGCCGAGCAGUGCUAGUCUAACGCCCACGUCACAGCUGCCCAUCAAGGAACGCCUCAAGGCCAUACUCAACAACAGCCACAACAGUAAUCGAAAACAACGCAGCUUUUCAUCACCCCCCAAGGCGAAGGCAGCGAUCAAACGCAACGAGGAUUGCAUGGAACGACGUCGGGCAGCUGCCUCACGCUAUCGCGACAAGAUGCGCAAUGCGCAUAGAGAUCUAAAGGAGCACAAUGCCCAGCUGCAGCAACAGAUAAGCAAACUCAACGAACGCGUUGCAGCUUUAGAGCGCGAAUUGCUACAACAAUACAACAAUAAUGCGAGUGUUAUUGGCAAUCAUCUGCAAAUACCGCCAUCUAGCAUACACCUGGUCAUCAAUGUGCCCAAGAUGUUAGUGCCUGGUCAGCGACUGGAUCAGAAGUAGGCUUGGAUGUAGAUAGGAUUAAAACCUUG